AUGGUGGGGAAGGCCAAGCGCCCGCGGCUCCACCGCGCCGCCCCCCGGCCCUGGCCGGCUCGGGAUCCGCCACCGCUCCCUGAGCCCGGCCCCGGCCCCGGCGCAGGCGGCUGGAGCGCGGCGGCCGGCAAGGACUGGGACUUCUCAUCUUCUGGUGUCUUUUCCGGGCUGAAGAUUGACCCCGAUACUCUGGUAAAAAAGCUCGACUUGGACUCCAGAAGCAUCAUUUCCUCCAGAACAGGUCUAGAAGAAAAAACGGUUCUUUCCAAAAAAGAAAAAAUGAAGCUGAGGAAAGAAAGAUGGCUACAGAAAAUAGAAAGUGUGAAGCUAGCCAAGCAGAAGCAAAAAGCCGAAGCAAAGCGGAAAGCAACACCCGUGGUGGGAGACAUGCAGCCGUUGAUGGAAGCCCUACCUGAGCUCUCCGACCUGACCACGGGUGGCAGGGGCAGGAAGCCACCCAAGAGCCACGUAAAAGCAAAGGCAGAACCGGCAGACUUCUGUCUGAUGAAACAAGCUCAGAAACACCGGCUCUUAGAGGAGGAAGUGGCUCGGUUUCAUGAGGUCAUCACCAAUCCCAGGUACAGAGCCAACCCCUUCAUGGCCAUCAGCGAGCAUCUCUCCAAGAGGCUGAGGCAGGAGGAAGAAGGUAAACCCCUCUAGGUUGUCAGCUGGGACCAAACGUGCACGCUGGAGCUGGUGGGAGGGCUCCGGGCUGCAAAGGAGCACAUCGCUAACAUGACUUCUCAGCCACUUCAGUCCUUGGAAGCAGUUCGGCGAAUUAUUAAAUCCAACAGUCCUGUUUUCUGUCUGCAGGAAUAAUGCAGUUCUCUCCUGACAGUGGCCGCUGCUUCUUGGCAAGCAGCCCGCAGAGAGCAGGGUGUU